AGGAUUCAAGCCCGUUAUUUGUAUUAACCAAAGAUCAAAAACCAUAUUUUCAUUCUGCUUCCCUAUAAAUAGGUUUACUGGAUAUUUCUCCUCGAUUAGAGUUCCAACACUAACGUCGAUUCACAAUGAGAACGACCUCGAUUAUCGUUUUCAUUUUAUGUAUUGCAUUUCUUAAAGACGCAGAUGCAUGGCGUCGUCGUCGACGUCGUCGGAGAUCGGAUCCUCCUCCACCACCACCUCCUCCUCCAAAUACUCCUCCUAGUUUGAACAACUGCCCGCAAACUCUCCCUGUUCAGUACACCACUACUGCUACUGCUGUCGUCAUCUGGGUUGAACCAACGUGUACCGACUACGAAUCAUCGUGUACUGUUAGUCGAAGUGGCUAUCCUCCGGGGCAUUCUUUCGGUGAAGGUAGUCAAAGCAUCGCAUACACUGCCAGAGACACUGGUGGACUCUCUACAUCCUGUACCGUUUCUUUUACUGUUAGCGUGAUCCGCUGUAGUAGUGCCACAUCUCCCCAACACUGCUCGGUGAGCUGUUCAACAUCCAACUCGGUAGGGUCAGUCUGUACCUACCAAUGUGCCACAGGACUUACUCUAUCAGGCUCAUCUCAACGUGUUUGUCAAGAGGUUAGCGGGAAUGCAGCGCAAUGGACUGGCACUCAACCAACGUGUACAGAUGAUUACGCUCCAACGGUGACGCGCUGUCCAUCUUCGUUUGUCGCCAAUCGGACUGAGCACUGGGGUGUCGAAGUCACAUUUACAGAACCAACUGCCACAGACAACUUCGAUCAGACGCUACAGACAUGGGCAGUCCCUGCGGACCUCACAUCUCCUUACAUCUUCACUGCUGAUACUGCUUGCGAGUAUCACUUCCAGGAUGAUGCCGGAAAUGCUGUUACAUGUACCUUUGAUGUCGAGAUACACGAUACGGUCGUGCCAGAAUUUUUGACCUGUCCAUCCAGCCAAAAUCUGCGAUCAAGCACGGAUAUGACCUUGGUGACUUGGGAUGAACCGACGUAUAGGGAAAUCCCCGGUGAUGAGGUGCGACUUGUUUGUAACUUUGGUAGUAACAGCGUCAUAUUACCAUGGGGAAAUAAUCACGUGAUCUACAACGCAACGAACAUGAAAAAUGGGCUCAGUGAGAUUUGCGACUUUUAUGUCAAUAUCGAACCAAUGCCAUGCAUGAAGCUACGUUCGCCGUCACACGGCGCCAUGUCGUGUGAUACCUGGGCCUAUGGUCGAUACUGUAGUAUGUCCUGCAAUGACAAUUAUGAUAUCCCUCCUCCUAGCCCGUUCCAGCCCAUUUCCGAUGUGUUCACAUGCGGUUCAUCCGGUCAAUGGAGCCCUACGUCCUAUGUGCCUGACUGUUCACAAAUUCGAGACCCGACCAAGAUCAACCUUCCAACAGAUCUGCUCUACUAUAGUGGCCACUGCGGUAGUCCAGAUACAUUGUCUGAUAUUGCACAGUCUUUCAUAGAGACAAUCGAGAAAUCCAUCCACAACGGUAUCUGCAAAACCAACGGAGACUGUACUGUCGACAAUGUCGCAAUAACAUGUGGUUUCCCGACCCGUCGUAGAAGAAAACGUGCCCUGGUCAGAACUCUAAGAUCCGGUGCUACAGGGUUGUCUGUUGAUGACACCGAUAGUACUUCGGAUGACAUCGAUGGAAGACUUCUCGAAGGGAUGCAGGAGAUUCGCAUUUCGAUGAACCUAGGAGUUGGUGUCGGCCUAUCUGAAGCAGACACCGCGUCAGUGAAGGAGGCACAGGAGAAGCUUGAGAAUCUGGCCAGAGAAGUGUUGGACAUUGUAGUAUCCAGAAAUAACGGGAUUUUUAAUAUCUUGGGGGUAUAUCAUGAUGAUACUGAAGAUCCCGCAACCGAAGCCUACCUGUUCAUGAAUGAUCACUAUAUAGAUUGUCCUGAUGGUUACGUCGCUGGCCGCAAUAACACCACAUGUGUCGCUUGUACAACUGGUCACUACUACGAUACCAAAUCCAGGGCAUGUCACCAAUGUGGAUAUGGAUUCUAUCAAGACGAGUAUGGUCAGGUGACAUGCAAGUCAUGUGACCUUGGUCAGUCUACUCGAAACAAAGGCAGUCCCAGCAAGGCUGAUUGUGAAAAUCAAUGCGAAGCGGGUCAGUUUUCAACAUCAGGGUUAUACCCUUGUAUCCAAUGCCCAUUGAACACGUUUCAGCUGCUGAUUGGUCAGACGAUGUGCUUUGAAUGCCCGGAUGUAAAGAAGACAUGGAAUAGAGGAGCUUCUGAUGUAGACCAAUGUCUUCACAUCUAACUCUGAUCACGUGACAGCAUUGCUAUGUAGAGACCUUUGCUGGCGACGCAGUUUCCGUUCAAAGAAAAUCUAUUCCUGGUGGAAAUUAAACUGUUGCUUGAAAUUGAGGAUACAUUGAAGUAAUAGAAAAACAGUCCUAAGAAAAUAGUUUACGAAAUGGGCGAUUUAUGAAAGUGUCAUAAGUCUCAAUUUACUUCACAACUCUUCACAAAGUCACAUUUCCUAAUUGCUUCUUAUCAUGGUUGUCCAUCUCGGGGAUGGGGAUAUACCCCCCCCCCAAUAUUUCAGUUGGGGGCGGGGGGCUGUGUUAUUAUUCCCCCAUUAAUUUGAGGUCGAACAUUAUGAUACUUUUAGUGAUCAAUCAUAUGACAAGAUAUUAUCAUCAUUACUAUAAUUACUAUUAUCAUUGUCAUAAUCAUAAUAUUAAUAACAAUUUUGAUGAUUAUCAUAAUGAUCUUAGCGAUGGCUAUCUUAUUUACGCAUAAUGACCAUUUAUAUUGUUUUGCUCAUAAUUUCCUUACGUUUAUUGCUAUUGAAUGAAACCAUUUCUUUCUGAAACUGUUACAAACAGAAAGUGGCGUAUCUGCGGGGGGGGGGCAUGAGGGCACGUGCCCCCCCCCCCCAUCAGCUGACA